AUGCACAAUGCGACGAUUGACGAAGAACUUGCCAACGACCGUUGGUAUGCCUUGAAGCAAGAGGAAGUUAAGGUCUUGGUCGAAGAAUUGUGCGACAAGCUCACGAGUGCGAUGCAGAAGUAUUCGUCCGUCGACCAACGCUUCCAGGAUCUGAUUGAUGCAGCAAAAAUCGCAAGAAAACUACCUGACAUCAGGCAUUACAGUGUGGCAAUACUUGGCGAGCAAGGCAUUGGCAAGAGCUCCAUCAUCAACGCACUACUCGAUCGAGGCCUUCUGGAUCGAUCAGGUUCGUCAAAAGCAUGCACAGCUUAUGCAACGGUACUUGAGUAUAAGCCCGGAGCUACCGACCACACCACUCUGAGCGAUCUUCUAGUUGUGUUUUUCACCAAAGAGGAGAUCAGAGAUUCUAUCAAGGAACAAAUGAAUCACUGGGUCGAGGUCUACCCUGGCGUUGAGCAUAAUGGUCAGCCCCUCCGAGGCGAAGACGAAAACGAUCCUGACGACAAUAAUGCUACUCAAACGCCACGGAAAAGGUUGUCCAAGACGAUGUCGCGUGCGAUCACUACUGCCAAGGAGUUUUUCGAGAUCAUCUUCAAUGUGCAGAAAAAUAAGCAGGCAGGUGUCGAGCUUGAGAGGGAACUCUAUCACACGAACAUCAAAGAGGGAAACUUCUUGAACGAUUGUUGCAAACGAGCCAAUGAUCGAUUCGCCCAACUUGCCACAGAGAUGAGCGAGGUGGACCUUGAAACUCGGACCGCACAUUUCAAGGACGUUCCUGACAACAGGCUUGGGAGAAAAACAAGCAAGAUCAAGGAGCUGUGGCCGUUCGUGAAGGAACUCAUCAACGAAGACAACAUGGGCACACAGAUUCGACAGAUCAACGAGCAUCCGUUCCCAGGCCUGAACGCACGCUUAGAGACCAUCGACGGACUCUACGAAGAAGGGGAUGCCGAUGAUAAUGUCAUCUCCGACAUGCUAGACGAGUUACUGAGAGAGGCCACAAUUGCUUACAUAAAGUAUGAGACAGCAAAUGUGCAGAGACAAAUGCAGCCUAAGGGAAUCAAGGUUUUCUCGGUAUCUGCACUCGCCUACACCUCAUCGAGAAGUCGCAUUCAGAAAGACACUCCUAUCCUUGACGACGACACGGCCGGUAUCUAUACGUUGAGACAUUUCCUAGCUACGUUGUCGGCAGCCACCAACUAUCGGAAUUUCUACGACCAUGUCCACGAAACGCUACCAUCAUUCCGAAGACAAGCUGAACGACCUUUGGAGAAGCACAUAGAAGACAAGAGUUAUGCUAAGAUGCGACGCGACUUGAAGGCUCAGAUCCAACCACUUAGGAACAACUUGAAGAAUCUGGCUGACAGCCCCCUGCAUUCUCUGGUAGGAAAGCCUUGGUCCCAAAACGAGGAACAGAGUAUCAUAAGUGGCAUACAGCAGCUGGUGCAGAACUCGUGGGUCCAUCCCUUGAUCUACUACCCGGGCUUUGCAAAGAUGCUCGCGGAGAACGGCAAACCAGUCUCCGGAAAGUAUAAGGGUUACAACAUGAACUAUGAGCUCCUUGGUACCAUGAAAAGGUUUCUGGACAAUUGGUAUAACAACUUGAACGCCAGCACCGUGGAAUUCGCUAUGAGCCUAUACAGGGUGCUUCAAAAACUGUUGCAGGAAACUCGAUCGGCCAUCACCCAGUCAUCCGCACACCCGGCUCUGAAACUAAGAGCUACUGAAGAGUUGGCCCUAGUAGAACGACGCGUCCAGGCGGCAUAUGACAUGUUGCUCGCUAGUCUUCGCGUCUCGCUUGGAGAAACUCAUCUGCGAUUCACCACGGAGAUCGACAUCUACUGUCCAAUAGCAACUGCAAUGAAGGCCUCCUACGACCUAGCCUCCGAUCGAAACAUGGUUGGCGCUGGCCCAGGAAUUUACAACAGGCAACGACAAGCGCUACAGAACUCGAUCAUCGGCAACCCAACCUAUGGAAACUACGGCUAUGGCCCGCCUGGCGAGGCGUUGCGUCCACUUCUCAAGAAUAUCGAAGAAAAGCUUCAGACCCACCAGAGAGACGCGUGGAAGACCGAUUGCGAUGCCUUCGUCACCAGCGCUGUUGACCUUAUUGAGGGAUUCUCAAAUACUGCUGAGCAGCUUCUCAUGAACUCCUCGUAUGUGACCGAAGAGCACAAACAGGCUCGUGGCGAGCUGAGGAAGCUACUCAAUGAUUUCGAUAUGAGCCUUGAAGAUGUUCAGGGCCGAUUCAUCGGCGGAGAAGAGGAGCAUACUGAGAAGAAGAUCAAGCGCGAGGAGACGGAAGAUGAGGCAUUAGUCGCAUCAUCUGCUCUCGAUCCGCUGGUCCCUUCGGUGCCAAUCUCGCAGAAUGAAGGUUGGACUCAGUUCCGCGAGUGGUUUGGUGGCGGUCGCCCUGGACAGUGA